AUGGCCCCAAAACGCAAAGCAACCGAUACCUCCUCUGCGCGAGCGUCAAAAAGAGCGACUCCCGUGCCCGAUACACCGCAGAGUUUCGAUAGCAGCGAUGAGUACUCAGAGUAUGAUGAAAAGGAGGAACGGACAGCACAACUAGUCGAAAAGUUCUCGCUCGAAGCCUUCAGCAGGGAUAAGAAAGCUGUGUCAGACAGGAGUGACCCCCAUUAUGGAUACAAGGAUUUUUCAUCGUUGCCGCUGAAACCGGAUCAUGCCAACCGACCGCUGUGGAUCGAGCCUCUUAAAGGCACGAUUACGUUGGAGAGUUUUUCACCUCUUGCGUCACAGGCGGCUGAUUUCUUGACGACCAUUGCAGAACCGCUGUCUCGACCAGUGCAUUUACAUGAGUACCGACUGACCGGUAAUAGUCUAUAUGCGGCGGUGUCAGUUGGUCUGGAGCCAAAGGAUAUCAUUCAUUUUUUGGACAGACUAUCCAAGACACCAAUCCCGGAUGCGAUCCGAUCAUUUAUCGUUGAUUUUACAAAGUCUUAUGGAAAAAUCAAGCUCGUCCUUAACAACAACAAAUAUUAUGUGGAAAGCACAGACCCCGCGAUGCUGCAAAUGCUGCUCCAAGACGACGUUAUUGGAACAAAGCGAGUCCAGGGAUCAGAAGGCAUUAUCCAGCAGGCGGCACCAAAGAUGGCAGGCCUGGUCAUCCCCGGUACUAAAGAUGCGGCUGGUGUUGCACAAGCAAAUCAAGGUUCCGGCGAAGCAAAUGGGGCUAAUGGAGUGAACACCACCAAUAAAGAGGAUGACUUUUUGGCUACUAUUCGUGACGAGGACGACGACGAGGAUGAUGCACAGGUUCACAGUUUUCAGAUACCCAACGAUGAUGUCGAGUCGGUCAAAGCGCGAUGCCAGGCGAUGGGAUGCCCAGCUCUUGAAGAGUACGACUUCCGGAAUGACAGGGACAAUCCUACGUUGGACAUUGACUUGAAGCCAAAUGCUCAGAUUCGAAGCUAUCAAGAAAAAAGCCUGAGUAAAAUGUUCGGUAAUGGUCGAGCCAAGAGUGGUAUUAUCGUUCUGCCUUGUGGUGCUGGCAAGACGCUUGUCGGUAUCACCGCGGCGUGUACCAUCAAGAAAGGUGUCAUUGUGUUAUGCACCAGCUCCAUGUCUGUCGUCCAGUGGCGGAACGAGUUUAUACGGUGGUCAAAUAUCGACCCUGGUGAUAUUGCCAUCUUUACGUCGGACAAUAAAGAGAAGUUCAAGCGGUCAACCGGUAUUAUUGUGUCGACAUAUUCCAUGGUUUCCCAAACAAGAGCCCGAUCACAUGAUGCGCAAAAGAUGAUGGACUGGCUUACCCAACGAGAGUGGGGUUUGAUGAUUCUUGACGAAGUGCACGUUGUACCGGCAUCGAUGUUCCGAAAAGUCACGUCCAGUAUUGCAUGUCAGGCCAAACUAGGAUUGACCGCGACCCUUCUUCGAGAGGAUGACAAGAUUAAAGAUUUGAACUUCUUGAUCGGCCCCAAGCUCUACGAGGCAAACUGGAUGGAGUUGGCUGAGCAGGGCCAUAUCGCCAAGGUUCAGUGUGCCGAAGUGUGGUGCCCAAUGACCACUGAGUUUUAUUCGGAGUACAUGCGGGAGAGUUCGCGUAAAGCAGCCCUCUUGUAUAUCAUGAACCCACGAAAGUUUCAGGCUUGUCAGUUCUUGAUUGACUACCACGAGAAACGCGGUGAUAAAAUCAUCGUCUUCUCCGACAACGUCUAUGCUUUGCAGCGAUAUGCUCUCAAACUAGGCAAAGCUUAUAUCUACGGCGGAACUCCGCAAAACGAGCGUAUGCGCAUCUUGGAGAACUUUCAACACAACGAACAAGUGAAUACCAUUUUCCUCUCCAAAAUUGGUGAUACGUCCCUCGAUCUUCCCGAAGCCACCUGCCUGAUUCAAAUCUCGUCGCACUAUGGUUCUCGUCGUCAAGAAGCACAGCGGCUAGGCCGUAUCCUUCGAGCCAAACGUCGUAACGACGAAGGUUUCAACGCCUUUUUCUAUUCCCUCGUCUCCAAAGACACAGACGAGAUGUACUACUCUUCCAAACGACAGGCCUUCCUUGUCGACCAAGGCUACGCCUUCAAAGUAAUCACCCACCUCCAAGGCAUCGAAAACCUCGAGGGUCUUGCAUACGCCACCCCUUCCGAGCGCCGCGAACUCUUGCAAGAAGUCAUGCUCCAAAACGAGACCUCCGCUGAAGUCGAGAACGUAGUCGACGACCUCUUCGCUGAGCGUUCGGGCGGCCAACGCGGCGGCCGGGCAGGAGCGAAAAAGGCAAUCGCGAAACGCAGCGCAGCGACACUCAGCGGUCUUGCUGGUGGCGAAGACAUGGCGUACGUGGAAUACAACAAGUCGCGAAACAAGCAGCUCAAGGAGAAGACGCAGCAUCAUCCUUUGUUCAAGAAGAUUGCACGCGAUCAGCAGAAGAGGAAGGAGGCUAUGAUGGAUAUGGGGCCGAGGGGGCGGUGA